UCCUGCUACGGGUGCCUGUGUGAUCAGUGCAAGCGCAAUCGAAUCAGCAGUAGUUGGUACAAGGGUUUUAACUACAGCUCUAUACAGAGCGAUUUAGAGACGGCAGUAAGCCUUGAGCUUCAAGUCAUCAGCAGCAUCAACCGCCUGGCCUAAUCGCGAAUAGGGAGAAGGAUGAGAAACAAAUGAGAGAUUAAGUCUGGCUAGAACGAGUCAGCGAAAACAGUACGAAUCGUAUGAUGUGUAACUAAAAGCACACAACGCUCACCGGUAAAGUGUACUUGACGUGAGCAUACGCAGCUAUCCACGCGGAAGACGUCCGCGAUAGUAGGCGAUCAUUGCAGAAGAACGCCGAGAGCGGGGCCUCUGCUGGCCCUGCUCCCUGCUUCCUGCCGCUUGUCAUCUUCUGGUUCAGUUUUUGUUACUCCAGUAGCAGAUGCUACUGCUGUUGCUACUCUUCUGUAAUCCAAGGACCUUUUCGGCUCUCGGAUCGACAUGUCCGAGGUUUGUGAUGCUGCUCUACCUGAUCCCUCGCAAAUCGUCACUCAUACCACCGUAGGCAGCAAAUGCUUCCAAGAACAAGUUCUCCAAUGUGAUGAUAAUCAGCAGUCGGUUGGAGAUGCAGUGACAGCUAAUGCAGCAGAAUCCUCUUACUCUGCUUAUCCUGCUCCAGUAUUAACCUUGAAUGAUGAGUCUUGUACUGCAGCAGCAACAAGUAUCAUGUCCAUUGUCUCAGAAGAGAAUGGGAAUGCAUUAAGCAGGAGCCCACAGCUGGCUGAGAGCCUUCAAACUGCUAGUCGUCAAGUUGGGUUGGGCAGUCCCAAGAGUCCAGAUUAUCCACCACGAGUUUCAGUUGCUCACAACAGCCCAGCUUGUACUAUCACUGCUAUUAAUAAUUCUACAAACUGUUUUCCAUCGAUGACAUCGAUUGGCAGCAGCAGCAGCAGCAGCAGCGGUGACCUGACAGCAUCCAAUGUUGUUCACCAGCAGCAACAACAACAGCUUAUUGUGGACCAUAAAUAUGAUCAGUGCAGUGUUUUGAAUGAUAACAAACAGCAGUUAAACUGUGCAACAGAGUUGAAAGAGGCUUGUGAGGGACUGUCGUGCAGUUUUGAAAUUAAAAAAGAGCCUAGCGAUGAUAAAUCAGGCGUGGUGUUGCUAAGCUCCAAAGAAACGUCUAAGACAACGACGACAGCGCACUCGCACAGCAAGUCAUCAUCUUCAUGGUCAAGAGAAAGGCGUAAAGAUGAGCGUUCGGGAAGGCAUCAUUGCACGAGGUGCUACAAGCGAAGUAAAAUAAAAAAAGUCAACGUGGGUGUACAAUGCCACAGAGAUCGGAAAAGCAGUUCCAGUAUUUAUGAAAGGCCAAGCGGCGGUUCGAGUACGAAGCUUCAUUCACAGUUUAAAAGCAAUAAAGUGUCGUACAAAUCUAAAUCUAAUGAUGCAGGUGACGCAAUGACAAAUUUGCAUGGGUUAAAAUACAAGGAUUUUAUUCACAUCGAGAUCUAUCCUAACGGCGGAGCGUCGAUUGUUCGCAUGUAUCAAGAGGAGAUACAAUCAUUACCAGAGGACCAGCUAGAAGAGUUAGCUAGGGAAUUUUUCAAGGUGGUAUUUGGCGAAGACGAGCAGGGUAAAGCCCAGCACGUAAUGGGAAUUGUGCAUAAUGCCGCAGCGUACAUGCCCGAUCUUCUGGAUCAUAUGGCCGAGCUGUACCCGACGCUAACAGUAAAAAAUGGUGUGCUGGGGCACAAGAGCGACAUCGAAACUACGACGAUGCUGCAGUACAAGGAGCACGUAUGCAAAAGCUACAGCAACGGCACUUUCCGCUACGGGCCGUUGCACCAGAUAAGUCUAGUGGGCACGGUGCACGAGGAGGUCGGCGGCUAUUUCCCGGAUAUACUACAGAUGCUCGAGAGGAACAUCUUUUUGAGAUUGACAAUGCCUUGGGGACCGUUGUCGGCCAUUCGCAUGGAGAGCGCCCAAGAGUCGAAUGACGGCCCUAUAUUAUGGAUCCGACCGGGAGAGCAGCUGGUACCGACCGCUGAUAUAAACAAGAGCCCGGCGAAACGCCGGCGCACAGGCAUUAACGAGCUGCGCAAUCUUCAGUACCUACCGCGGUUGAGCGAGGCCCGCGAGUACCUGUUCGAGGAUCGCACACGGGCCCACGCCGAUCACGUGGGACACGGUCUCGAGCGCAUGACCACCGCAGCCGUGGGUGUGCUCAAGGCUGUGCACGGAGGCAGUAGUGGCACCUCCGCCUCACAGCAGCAGCAGCAGCUGCCGCAUCUUAACCGCAUCACCAAGGACGUGGUGGCCUUUCACGCUGCCGACUUUAACGAACUCGUGGAAAAAUUGCAACUCGAUUUGCAUGAACCGCCCAUAUCCCAAUGUGUUCAAUGGCUUGAAGAUGCGAAACUCAACCAGCUGAGGCGCCAAUCGAUUCGGUACGCCCGUGUCAGCCUCUACGACAACGACAUUUACUUCUUGCCGAGAAACAUCAUCCACCAGUUCAGGACCGUAUCAGCAGUCUCGUCAAUUGCUUGGCACGUCCGUCUACAGCAGUACUAUGAGUCAGCCAGAUCGACGUCAUUGACGACGGCGAUGGCAACUACGGCGGCAGUGGUACCUGAGCAGCAACAAGAGAGAAAGGCUAAGGAGCGCGCUGCCGAGUACCAGGGUAAUUUGAAAAAGUCUGAGCAGCAGCUAAAGCAGCAUAAGCUGACUGCAUCCACUAGCAGCAGCAAAGAUAAGUCCAAGAGCAGCAGCAGCAGUAGCAGGGAUAAGGACCAUCGCAUCGAUGGCAAAUCAGGCAGCCACCACCAUGCCAAGAAAAAAUCUUUGGCUUUAGGACGUAACAGUGGCAGCAGUAGUAGCAGUAGUAGCAGCAGCAAUAGCAACAGCAACAGCAACAGCAACAGCAGUAGGGAACCAAGGCUCAAAAACAGCCCUAAGCUUGACUGUCAAGUAGCACCGCCACCACCGCCAGCUCCAGCUCCACCGCUGUCGCUUAAAAUCGAUGCAGAGCUAUUGUCUGCACGACAGGCCGCUGGCAAGUCUUACGCCAGUCAGGUAGUCGAUCGAGCCCUUGAGAUCGCUAUUUAUCACUCAAAGGCAGACCUGCAGCAAGCAUGCCAGUCAUUGAGGGAUGCCGUCUCGGCAGCUUCCAAGCAGAUGCUCGACCGGAUCCGCAAGGAAAGUCUCGAACUAGCAGAACGGCUCUUCGCUGAAGACAAGCCCAGCGUUGAAAAAUCUUACAGGCUACUCGAGGCCGAGACGCUCCAGGCGUUCACUACCAAACUCGAAUGCGCUACAGAGAACGCCGUUAAAGCUCUUGUGGAGAUGGCCGAGGAUGAGUCUGAUGAUUCUCCCUGCGUCCCCGCCAUCGCCGCUAAAAAAACCAGUGAUCGAGCCAAGCCGUGCCAAGUUGACCAACAACAAUCUGCUGACCUCGGCCAAGCCAAUAGUGCCUCAUCCUCCGAUUUAUUGUCCGCAACAGCAGCAGCAGAAGGAAAUGACAAAAAGCUACUGCAAAAUGAAAGCGGUGCCAAACAUAGUGGCAGUGAGCAUACCAGCAGUAAAAGGGACAGUCGCAAAAACAAGGAACAUAGGAGUAGCAACAGCAGUAGCAGGACAGCUACAGAGCGCAAGGAUCGCGAGCGAACGCGAGACCGUGAGCGUCAUGUUUCUCACCAUGGAAAAGAGCGGGAACGCAAUCGAGAAAGAAAUAAGGACCGAGGGAGCAGCCGAGAGCACAAUCGGUCAAGAGAUAAAGAGCAGCACAGCAAAGAAAAAAAGAGACAUCAUACUAGCGGCAGCCACAGCAGCAGUAGUGGAAGUAGCAGUAGUCAUUACAGGCGCAAAUCCUGUGCGCAAGAGUCAUCUGCGAAGAAUCUACAUCACCGUUCCUCUCAUUUAUCUUCGACUUCUUCUUCCCUUCCGAAUGACGCCGUCGUCAUCGCCACCUCUUCUGAAGCGUCUUCCGCCACUGCAACCCACAUCUCCACUCUCGAUUUGACACCAUUAAGCGCUCAUAAAACCAUCGAACAAACUGAUGAUCAUCUCUCACCGAGUUCCAGCGACGGUACACGUAAGCGCAAACCGAACGACGACUCGAUAGAUAUCAAGAACCCUGAACCUUCGCCGUCUUGCUGUAAGCAGUUAUGUUUCGAUGACACAGAUGCUACAGAUAACAAUAAACCCGAUCAAUUCCAACAAAAUUGCGAUCUAAAUACUUUUACAUGAGACAAAACUAACAUCCGAUGAAUAAUAAAUAGUACAAUAUUUUGACUCCGCUUUGCAGCAGCAGUGUUUGUGCAAAUUUUGUCAGAUCGAAAGGAAAUUUAUGUAAUUGACGUUAUCGCCGGGAGCGGGACGUUUUAAUCGAACGAAUUCAAAUGUUUAGGAAGAACAUUUUUCUCAUUUAGCCAAGACAGUGAUGGCCGUAAUGAUUACUUAAUAAAUAUGGAAUCUAGUAAACUUUACGUAGCAGAGGUUACGUAAAUUUUGUCUUGACUGUAUGGAAUUCUCAGGUGUCUUCUCUAUGGUUUUGCAGGCUUUAGUUUUUUUUACUCAAAUUAACAUCUCAUAACUUUAUGCAAUUUUGAUAAUUUGAAAUAAUCUAGCUCUAGUAUUUAAGUGCACAUUCAGUACUUGUUUCACUCUCUUAAAUAACAAUCUUUAGAUAGUCUUUAUCGAAAAAUGAAUUGUUCAAUUCCCGUUAAAAUUAAAAGUUUUAUUCAUAAAAACUACGUCAUCAAAAUUGUACAAAAUAAUCUAUUCGUUAUUAAUAAUUGUGCUUUCUUACGAUUGGCUAAUUUUUUAGUACGUAAGUAGAUGCAGUUUUUUCAUGUUUUCUUUUUGAUUAUACCUGUAGUCUUAUCUAUUGUUCAUUUUUAGCAAGUAAGACUCGAGGUUAAGUCACCCUUUAAAGUUAUUUUCAUAUUAUUUAUUGUUACGCAUGCACAAAUUAUCAAAUAGAAGAGACCUUAUAUUUAUUUAGUACUGGCCCAGCUUCUUCUUUAAGAGACUGUACAUCAAAGUGGUAUUAAUAAUUACCUAAUAUAAGAAUUUCUUGCAUUACAUUAAAACAUUUGUUUGAUAUCUAUAAUAGUUGAAAGAGAAUUUUAUUAAUUUUUCAAACCUCAUACAUAGACUAGGAAGUAAUUUCUAUCCAUAUGACGUCGCCCGACUUAUAAAAAAAUAUUUUUUGUAUAUACUAAAAAAUAAAACAGUCACUGUAUCAUUUCGUCAAUAAAUAGCGCUCGAAUAAUUUUAAAGUUAUGAGUGCUUUCAACAAAUGAAUACAUCUUUUUGAAAUUCUCGAAUAUCUCAGUCGUGUCUAAAUAAUAUUGGUAAUAAAUUUCAAGUUUCUUCGUAUUUAAUGUUGAGUUCAUGUAUUAGAAUUUUGACAAACUACAUUAAAUCUUAAAUGAACCAACCGAUCAAUAAUUUUUUUCCGUAAAAUUAUCCAGUGCCUGUAUUUUGAGAAAAAUAUUUUAAAAUAUUCCAGUGUAAACUAUACAGAUUGUUGCAAACUCGAAUCAAAUAAUAAUUAAUAUUGUCACGCCAAAAUCUCCCCAUUUACCAUCACCAUGCAUAUAUAUACAGCUUUGUUAAGAGUAAGAAAAUUUAAAUAAGAAGAAUACAUUUUAAUCACAGUAAACAAUAGGUUUUUUUCAUUAAAAAUGGUCAAUUUCUAUGCAGUCUAAACAAUCAUUUGAGUGAUAUCAUUUGAUGUGAGUACUUUCUAAAACCUUUAAUUAUAACUUCAGUAAAUCGAUUAUUUCAAUUUCAAAUAGUUGCUUGUAAUAUUCCUGCAUUAGAUGAUCUUUGCAAAUUUCAAGAAUUUAUCAAUAAAAUUACAAACAAUGACCAAAGUGCAAGUACAGAGCCGCAUACAUGUGGUGAACAAGAGUGAUCUUUUUUUUGGAAUGUUUGUAUCACGAGUAUAUUCAUUGUCAGUAGUUUAUUGGUGCAAAAGUAAAUUUUACUAAUCUCUCCUUUUUCGAAAUGCACUGAAGCAAAGCUUUUUGAACAAAUGGAAAAGCCAGCGUACUUGCACAUUUCAUCAAAACAUAUUAUUAAGUUAUUCUGAAUCCCUUAUUAAAUUUUAGACCACAAUAAAUAAUUCAAAUGUCAAUAUCAACAUUUUUGUAACUGUAUAUGGUCAAUGGUUGCGAAUACAAAAAUAAAAUUGCCUGACAUUAUGCCUAUAUACAAAUAUAUGAGGAAGUUUCGUAUAUUUGCUUACAAUCGUCAUCAAAUCGUUGCCGAUAACAAUGUUUGCAACGAAAAUCAAAGUUUUCAUAUUUCAAAAGUAAUAAAGCAUCAAUAUGUUUGUAUUAAAUUUACCAAGUGAAUAUUGCACCGGAAGAAGCAAAAAUACAUUAUUGCAAUAGUUAGUAUUAACUACAUUCUUUGGUUAAAAUUGAGAGUAUAAAUUGCAUUCAUACACACAUGCGUGUAUACGUGCACGUUUAUUUGUAUAUGAUAUACUUCUUUCAUUAAUUUGUUCUUGCUUUGAUGGCUUAAAUACACUGUGACUAUAUUCUUUGACAACAGGCAUAACAUUAAAAAUUGUUACUACUAUAAAACUUCGAGAGAAUGACGAAGCCAUUAUAUAUGAGAUAUAUAGUUACCGAUACUUGGUAGAUUUUGUUAUUCUUUUUCAUUUUUGAACUGUUUCUAAAUAUCUAUGCCAGUUCGACCUUAUUUCUUAAAGUCAUUUCAAAGAGAGGCUGACUCAGCUAUUUAUACAAGAAGUUUAAAAAUAAAUAAGAAUAGUAAAAUCUGCAAGGUAAGUUCUGGUAAUGUGCUUUAUCAUCCUCUUAAAGAGCAUAUCGAUACAGACAUAGACAAGUGAAUGAAAAUUUUCAUUUUCACCCUUAAUUAACUAAUCUCUCUUUACCUCUAAAUUUACAUGUAGCUCAAUACAACUAAACAAAAGCAAAAAAUGUUCUGAAAAAUUGAAAAUAGCCUAUGAGCCUAUAUGUAUGGACUAAUUUACGCAAAACGACAAAACAAUUAGAGCUUGUAAAAGGAAUUAUAUAAAAAUCACACUAUAAAAAACAACGCACUUUGUAAAAUGUCUUUGCUUUUUAUCCUUGCAGCUGCGUGAUAAGUCGUUGAGUCUCAAGUUAUUCAUUUGUACAUUUAUAUCAAUAUGAUUUAGGGCCUAAUAACGUAGUUUUACAAUUCUUUGCAGAUUUUAUGUCAAAAUAAAAUAUAUAUAUAAAUAGUAAUUAUAUAAAGUAUUAUAAUAAACCAACUAUGAUGUACAGUUGUGUAAAUAAUUCAUUCAUCAAGAUAUCGACGACGUAUGAGUAGGAAAAUAUAUAGAAAAGUACAUUUUUGCGGGUUUGUUCUUUAGUUUAAUGACGAGCAUAUGUUUGUAUUGUAGGCACUUGCAAAAUAUAAUAAAAUAUUUUCAUUUGUCUUAUUGUCGUUAUUCUUAAUCGUUUGGAUAAAUAAAAAAAUAUCGAUACCUGAACUAAUUGUGUACAGCGAUCAGCUACGACCUUUCAGAACAUUA